CCAAUUUCGCGUUAUAUGUGCCAGAAUGACGCGAGACGAUAAAACUAAUCUUGAAGAACCAGGCUACAACUACAUGUAUUUAGCUGAAAUCAAGAAAACCUGUGAAAACUUAAUUAGCCAAACACAAACUGACUUGGAGCUUUUUAAGCAUGAGCAACAUAUUCUAAGAAAUCAAAUUGAGGACAUAUUGGCUGAGAAUAAAGCAAUUAAUACGAAACUGGAAGUUCUUAAAGGAACUACUGAUCAAAUAAAGGGAGACUCCAGAGAUGAUGCCACGAGGGAAAAGUUUUCGAACGAUGCAUUAUUGAACGUUAAAAAACAAAUAGACUCUCUGGAAGCGGAGAAUAAUGAAUUGCGUUCCCUGAAUAACAGCUCCCGAAAAACGAUACAAAACCUCGAAAACGAAAUACAAAAUUAUCGGAAUCUUUUAUAUAACUCAAGUACCGUAGCUGAGAUCAAGCAAAAAUACUACACUGCCACGAAAUUGCUCGAAAGUACCAUCCAAACGCAAAAGACUGAAAUUACAAAACAAGCACAAAUCAUCGAAAAUCUAUUCCAGCAAAAGAAGCAGUCAAAUGAGCACCUCAAAAACCUGGAAAAAGCAUUAGAAGAAAACCAACGUUCUUUGGGCAGCGCAGAUAAUAGUGAAACAAUUGAAAAACUCAAAGCCAAACUAAAUGAAUCAACACGACAAACAAAAGAACUCCAAUUAUCACUACAGCUUGCUAAAAGUGCUAUUGAGGAACGUUAUGAGCGUGAAAAAUGUGCGCUGCAGAAGGUGCAGGAAGCCCUUUCGAUUGCUGAAGCGGCAGUGGCGGACAAAGAAGACGCACAAAAACGGGAGCAGGUUGUUAAAGAGGAAUGUGACAAUUUAGCAUCAACAAUUGGACAAGUAAUGGACGAAGCGGCAAAAAAAGUAGAAAAGGAUAUGGAAGAUUUGCGUAGAAAGUUUAGUGGGAAGGAACGAAGCCUGUUAGAAAUUCAAGUCAAGAUGGAGGAGGAAAUAGAAAACCAAAAGAAAUUCAACCAAAUUCUGGAGACACGCUGUAAUAGGUUCCAGCAAAAAUACAAAACCAGUGAAAAAGAAGUCGAUCGCUUGACGCUGCAAUUGGAAAGCGCUGUUAAAGCAUUGGACGAAAUGGAGGCGAAAAUAAGCAGACAAGAUAGUUUGCUCAAGGAACAAAAGAUUUUAAUGAGGCGUGCUAAUGAAACGGAGCAGGAAAUACAAAAUUACAUAGAAAUUAACAAAAAACUGAAAGAAAAGUACAGAAAUACUCUGAAGGAUAUAACGAAAAAUUUUGAAGGCCAAAUCUACCACCUGCAAAGAGAAAAUGCGAAGCUUAAGGCGGAAAAUCAAAUUAUACAACUAAAAAAGGGUUAUAAUUCCGACGGUGAUUGAUGUUGUAUUACAUUUUAUAUAUCUACUUGCGAUAAUAUGGCUCUUUAGUGGGAUAUUUUUUAUAAAAUGACAAUAUUUUUAAGCGUUAUAAAUUUAUCUGUGAACUAUUGUUUUAAAUAAUACCAUAUAUUUUCCGUGUAAUUAUGUACAUAUGUAUGUAUGUGUGUAUUAAAUAGAAUAGACACGUAAAUUUAUUUUAUAA